AUGAGGGGAAGGAAUUCAAAGCAAGGGAGCAAAGUUGGAAUGGAAAUAGACAAGGAUGAGAAGUUGAAACAAGAGGCUCAUCUCUCAGGUGCUUAUAUCCGUAGCCUUGUAAAACAGUUAACCUCUUCAAGAACCAAAGAUUCUUCUAUGAAAACCCCCAAAGACCCGGGCACUGAAGUAGAUGGAGAUCAUGGGUCUCCUCCUUCCCAACAAAAUUUAACUAAAUUUAGUGAGACCCAACAACAAUCUCAGCCUUCCCAACAACCCCAACAACACAAAAAACAAGUUAGAAGGAGGCUUCACACAAGCAGGCCUUACCAAGAGAGGCUUCUCAAUAUGGCUGAGGCUAGGAGAGAGAUUGUCACCGCCCUUAAAUUCCAUAGAGCUUCCAUGAAACAAGCCAAUGAACAACGACAAAACCAAUCCCAAAUGGAACCAACCCCAUUGCAGCCAUCAUCUCAACCUUUUUUUGAACAAGAAAGACAUUUUAAAUCCAGAAAAAAUCCUAGAAUUUAUGCCUCCACCAUCACCACCACUACGGCCACGGCCACGGCCUCCACCACCACUGCCACCAACAAUUUGUUCUACUCUGCUUUUUCUUGUCCUCCCCCAAAUUCUUACUCUUGGCCUGUGUCACCAGUUGUUCCUCCACCUAUUCCAGAAAACCUUAAUCUCAAUCUCUCUCUUCCUAACCAAACCUUAGGUUUGAAUCUAAAUUUUCAUGAUUUCAAUAACAUAAACUCCACUCUUUACCAAAAUAGCAACUUUCCAUCAAUCUAUUCUUCAUCCUCAUCUGCAUCAACUUCUUCUUCGUCCGCUCUUUCUGUUGCAACGGAGGAAGUCCCCUCUGUGGCACUGUCACACGAGGGACUUCCUUUGGUGGCUGAAGUGGCGGACACUGUUGUUAUUGUGGACGGAAUUGCCAACGGAGAAGAUUUAGGCCUUCAUCCAGCCAUGGACGAUGAUGAGAUGGCUGAGAUCAGGUCGAUAGGAGAGCAGCAUGAGAUGGAAUGGAAUGACACCUUGAAUUUGGUCACAUCAGCAUGGUGGUUUAAGUUCUUGAAGAGUAUGGAAAUUGGUCCAGAGGAGAAAGUUGAAGACGAUGGAUACCAUUUGUUUGAUGAAGUCAUGGAGUUCCCAGCCUGGCUGAGUCCAAAUGACAGCUGCUUGGAGCAAUAUUUGAGCGACCAUUCCUCUGAUUACUACUUGCAAGAUCCUGACUUGCCAUGGUAA